AUGUCACUGACGCAAAACCAAAAUUGUUCGCAAUAUCUCAAUUUCUAUGAGAUUGACGACUAUUAUGCGACAAGUCUUCAUAUUCUCACAGUUAUCGAGAUACCUGUGCACAUUUUCGGAGCAUAUUUGAUCAUUGUAAAAACCCCAUCUCACAUGAAAUGCGCUCGAAACAGUAUGCUCUGUCUUCACUGUGUUGGAGCAUUUGUCGAUUUGUUCUUCAGUUUUUUCGCGAUUCCAGCGCUGAAUCUCCCGAUUUAUGCUGGUUACUUUUUGGGAUUUUCCCGCGUUUUGGGAGUUCCAACAGUCGUUACGACAUUUCUUUGUUACUCUUUUGUGGGAGUACUCGGAGCAACAAUUGCGUUAUUUUUUAUAUUUUUUUUUUUUUUAAUAUUUUUGGGUAAUCAACAUUUUUAGUUGGGAACAACCAAGAAGUUGGCAGCGCAAAGUCUAUGCAAUCUCGAAUUAUAUUUUAUGCUCAUUGUUCAUGGUUCCAGCAUACUUGGAUAUUCCGGAUCAAGAUCUUGGGAAGGAAAUUAUUAAAAUUACAAUCCUAUGUGUUCCUGUUGAAAUUAUUAACGAUCCUGAAUACUUCAUCCUUUCAAACAAUUCAACAGCUUGUUUUUGUUUGAUUUUUGUACUAUCAUUUCUCCUACCACAGAAUUUAUUUUUCGUGAGCUCAAUAUCCAGGAACUUGUUCCGUAUGGCUGCAAAAUCCGCGACCACAAUCCGCAUGCAGAAAAAAUUUUUUGUUGCUCUUUGCCUACAAAUUUUUUAAUUACUAUAACCAAGCGGCAACUCAUUUGGCUGUAUCGACAUUGGCCUUUCAUGGACUCCUGUCAACGUUUACAAUGAUCAUGGUGCAUCCACCAUAUCGUCGAGCAUCCAAGAAAAUGUUCUACAUAAAAUCAAGACUGAUCGCCGUAAAAAUUGCUAAUGUUUCGAGUGGAAUCCGCCAUAUACAAUAA